UUUUGGUGUUUGAAUUGAAUUCGUUUUGGUUUUUUUUCGUUCUUCUUCUUCUUCUUCGUUCUCUCUCUCAACUGUCGCCCCCGUGUUGAACUCGCGUUCUGGUCCAACACUACUAGACAGCCCCAGAGAGAGAGAGAAGACCCCCACCCAUUCCCCAUUCAUAAAAUCUAAGAACGAAUCAAAUUCUCGUUAUUCCAAAACGCGCUUUUUCUCUUUUCCGUUUUCUGAUUUAUCAACAAAAUUUGAAACGAUUCGGCAGCAGCCACCGGUUUUAGAUCUAUUUGAUCCGUUUAGACGACGGCGUUUUGGUGAGAGAGAGGAUCAGGGAAUGAUGGUGAGGUUGACUUUGUGAAGUAAUAUGGAAGUUGUGCUUGAACGUGUAAUCAUAACCGCAACAAGAUUGAGAAGAUGACGCUUUACAUUGGCCGUGAGUCGUCCAAGCUUUGGAAGAGAAUUUGCGCUGAGUUAGUUACCGAGAUCAAUUUACUUGCGGCGAAUUGGAAGUAUCUUCUUGCUGGUAUUGUUGGUCAGUACAUACAUGGUCUAGCAGCUCGAGGAGUUCAUUACAUACAUCGUCCAGGGCCAACACUCCAGGAUGCUGGUUUCUUUCUUCUUCCGGAGCUGGGGGAAGAGAGAGCCUACAUCAGUGAAACCCUGUUCACCUUCAUCUUUUUAUCCUUUGUCUUGUGGACUUUUCAUCCUUUCAUAUUCAAGAGCAAAAAGAUAUACACAGUUCUAAUAUGGUGUAGGGUUCUAGCAUUUUUAGUGACUUGUCAAUUUCUUCGAAUCCUCACAUUCUACUCCACCCAGCUUCCUGGUCCAAAUUACCAUUGUCGUGAGGGAUCUAAACUUGCCAGGUUGCCUCCUCCAGAGACUGUAUUUGAGGCCCUUGUGAUUGUGCCAAAGGGUGUACUAUAUGGCUGUGGCGACUUGAUUUUUUCAUCACACAUGAUCUUUAGUCUCACCUUUGUGCGCACUUAUCAGAAAUACGGCACACAAAGAUUUAUAAAGCAGUUGGCUUGGUUGCUCGUUGUGAUCCAGAGUUUGUUGAUUGUGGCAUCCCGCAAACAUUACACAGUUGAUGUUGUUGUUGCAUGGUACACUGUUAAUUUGGUUGUAUUCUUUAUCGACAAGAAAUUAGCAGAAUUACCUGACCGGUCAGUUGCAUCAUUGUUGUUACCACUAAGCACAAAGGACAAGGACAGCAAGACUAAAGAAGAGAAUCACAAGCUAUUGAAUGGAAUGUCUGGAGACCCUGCUGAUCGGAGGCAAAGAACUCAAGUUAAUGGCAAGAUAUCGGAAGAUGGAAACACAGUAGUGCAUGCCGAUGCUACAAUGAACGGUGCAUAGAAUGGAAUGAUGUUUUCUGCAAAACAGGAGAGCUCUGCUUAAAUGGAAAUGGUUUGGUUAGGAGUCUUUAGGACCUUGGCUACGCCUCGCGGUUUGUUGUAUCUCUAGUGGAAAUGAAAAUGGAAUUCGGGCUAUAGUGUUUUUCACAUUUUUGCAGUCCUCUUUCUUCUGUUCUAUUUAAGAUCAUGAUCAGCAUGUACCAUGGACUUACAUUUGUUCAUAGAAUGAAAAUCUUCUGUGCUUUUAGGAAAAGGGGAAAAACGCUGUGAAAAGAAAUGCCAUCAUCCUCAUGUCACAAGAUAUGAGGCAUUAUUGCUU